AUGACCCCAGACGCCAGAACUUCUCCUCAUCCACAAACACGGGCAUUCAAAUUUGACCGGCUUCCCCACCAUGGCCGGCCAAUCUUUGACACUGUGAAGACCCUGGAGAAGAUCAAACCGUACAGAGGCGAUUUUCGGUCUAUACUCUUCUCGAAAUUUCUACAAAAUGAACGGUUGAGUAAAAUCAUUGAAGAAACUGCUCCAACGACGAAACGAAUGGUGACCUGUGAGUGUCAGACGGAUGACGAUCCCAGGGCUGUCGUUGAACUCGAAGAAAGUCCGAAUCAUCUGUCAAGAACUAAAUCUGAGUCACUAUCCUUCGACAAUGAUUCCUUACUGUCGGCUGCUUUCUGUGAUCUGCGGUUCGAUUGCUCAUCAUCUGAUUUGAAAACCAUUUCACGUCAAGAAUCCAGCUAUUCUGUCUUGAAGAUGGAAGACGAUGAGCCGUUGUUGCCGAGAAUGUUAGGUCAGCCAUUGGGAAUACCCAGAAGAACUUCACAAAAGCUUGCACCAAAAAAUCUCACAUCAAAUCGCUUGCCUCCCUCCAUUGACAAAUCGAACAAAAGACAUCCGUCAUGUUCAAGUUUGAGAGAGAAACCUGAUCUUCUUCCUGCGCCAGAUGAGACUCUCGAGCGAGUUCGUUCAGUUUGUGGUCUGAUGCCUUCCGAUUUUGAUGAUCACUCGAUUUCAAGCCGAUCAGUUCAGAUCAGGUCAGGCUUACUGGAAAGCAGUGGGUACUCUGAGCUCAAUCUAAUUACUCCAUCAUCGCCAUACUGGUCGAAAAAGAAUACGGUAGAUGAGCAGACGGGAAAUGAAUUACGCGGUGUCCUUGUGGAUAGUGCGUUAAUCAAUCAGUGUGAUUCCUCCGUCAAAGAGGAACCACCGUCAUCACCGUCAUCGCAACCGCCGACGACGACAGCGUGA